AUGCUUCCAGUCACGCGCCCCGUCCCCUGGUCGCGCGCCCUGUCUCGUCGUCGCGCCGCCCUCCCCCCCCCCCCCACCUCGUCGCGCGCCCUACUCACCGCCGCGUCGCGCGCCCUGCCCGUCGUCGACGUGCGCGGCCGUCCCGCCGUCGACGCGCGGCCUCCCCGCCGUCGAUGCGCGCGCGCGUCUUGCCCACCGCCCUCCAUCUCCUUGGCCACCCUUCCCUCCUCCCAGCCACCCUUCCUUACCCUCUCGUGGGCGGCCUGCCACACCUCCCUGCAGGCGCCUUCCCCUCCCCCCCAUGGUGCGCCUUCUUCUGCCGUUUCUGCACCACCUCCUCCUUCUCCCCUCACCCCAUCCGCCUCUUCACCCUCCUCCUCCUCUCCUCAUUCCUUCCUCCCUUCCGUGCCUUUCCUCCCUUCCUCCACCUCCUUCCCCUCCGCAUCUGCCACCUGGCUGCGUGUUACUGAUUGCCACUUGGUGAUCGUGACCCUACUUCCUCCCCACACUCCGCUCCUUCACCCUCCUCCUCCUCUUCUCUCUCCCUCUAUUUCCCCCACCCUCUCACCUCUUCCUCCGCCUCUCUUCUCUCCCUAUCUGCUGCAGCUGCUGACUACAUCGCCCCUAUUCCUCCUCUUCUUUUCUCUCUCCAACACUGCUUUACUGCUAUCCCCUCCCCCAUAUGGGGCCUCUUCUCACUCUUACCUCUCUUCCUCUGCGCUUCCAUCCUCACCCUUCCCCCGCCGUACCUCCUCUCCUACCAUUGCCUUCCCUACUCUCCGCCCCCUUCGCUGCCCCUUCCUCCCCUUCCGCCCUUCCUACUUGCCGUUGUACCUCCCCUCUUCUCCACCCCUCUUCUUGGAUUCCGCUAUCCCAUCAGCGUCGCCGCUCUUCUGCCGCUGUAACCUCUGGGGUGCUCCCCCUCCCCCCUCCUCCCCUCCAUUGCAUCUGCUGCUGCUGUCGACUUCCUCGGUGCUGAGGGGGGUCGGGGCUGCGUCUGCUCCCAGUGGGAGGCGCAAGGGCGGCAGGGGCAAGGGGGGCAGGGGUGGCGGAGGUGGCGGCGGGGGCGGCGGCAGUGGAGGGGGUGGAGGGGGCGGGGGUGGUGGCGGUGGUGGGAGUAGCGCUGGUGGUGGGGGGGUCAGUGGCGGGGCAGGGGGUGGAGGCGGCGGAGGUGGCGGGGGUGGUGGUGGCAGUGGUGGCGGCGGUGGAGCAGGUGGCGGGCGCGGCGGAGCAGUGCAGCGUGGGGGGUUCGGCGGUGGCCAGAGGCAGCAGCAGCAGUGUCCCGGCGAGACUCCUUCGCCUCAGCAGCUCUGA